AUGGAUACCGAAAGUGGACACACACGAACGGUCAAGCCGCUUCUCAGCUCUCGUCUCAGGCUCUCCAUACUAUUGAUCUUUGGUAUCAUGGCGUCCAUCUUCGCAGACCGGAAACAUCCAAAGACAGGACCUCAUCCUUUGUCCCUGCUGGAUUUCGCUAUAUGGGUGUUUGCCGGCUAUCAGGUCCUGAGCUGGUUCUUUCUUGAUCAAAAAUGGCUGCUGUGUUUGAUUUUGGCAAGUCUUGCUUACAUGGGUGCUGUCUCCUUUUAUCGGCUGUAUUUGUCACCUCUGCGAAAGAUUCCAGGCCCACCUCUAGGUAUCAUCACUUACUGGUACGAACUGUUUUAUGAUGUCUGGCCAGGCAUCGGACAAUACACGGAAAAGAUUGGCGAGUUACACAACAAGUAUGGUCCAAUCAUUCGCAUCAACCCGCAUGAAGUACAUAUCAAAGACCACACAUUCUACACGAGUCUUUACGUCGAGCGCGCCAAGAGACGCAGUCACAAGUGGACAUUCACCUCUGCUGGAUUUGAUCUUUACGGUUCAGUGCUCGUUACUCCGGAUCAUGACAUACAUAGUCGAUGGCGAGCAUCACUCAACCCCUUCUUCGGAAAGUCAACAGUACUAAAGGUCGAAUACAUCAUUCAAGACAAAGUUGAACGUUUAUGCAAGCGACUAGAGGAGUGGAAAGGGAAGUCAGCGCCGGUCAACCUCAACUAUGCGUUCUCGGCCGUGGCAAAUGACAUUGUUUCUACUUAUUUAUUUGCCCGCCCAUACGGUACCCUUGAUGUCCCUGACUUCGAUCCAAACUGGGAAGACGUCGUCUUGAAAUUUGCUGCUACGGCCCAUUUAAUGAACCACUUCAGCUUCAUACAACCGAUCGCCAAGCUGCUUCCAAGAUCCGUACUCGCCUUGAUCGAUCCUAGGAUGUUGAGAAUCUUCGAACGAGAGAAAAUGCUGGAGGGGCAAAUAAAAGAGAUCCUGGAUGGCAACAACAAGGAUUACAUGAAAAAUUAUGUGAAUGGCCACGGAACUAUUUUCCACGACAUUAUCUUCAAUUCGAAUUUACCGCCACGGGACCUCGAACUAGAGCGACUACGAGACGAGGGCCAGGGCCUUGUUAUGGCCGGUACCAUAACCACUUCGAGGUCGCUCUACAUGAUGGCCUAUUUCAUUCUCGCCAAGCCCGGUGUGCUCCGGAAACUCCGCGACGAGCUCAGGGAACCGAUGAAGGACUACCCAGUGGUUAGGCCAAAGUGGACCGAGCUUGAACAGCUACCCUACCUCUCAGCUGUCAUUAAAGAAGGCUUAAGACUCGGCCAUGGGUCUUCGCACAGACUGGCUCGAGUCUUUCCUGACUACGACCUCCCAUAUGGCGACUUGAUUAUCCCCAGGAAUACGCCCAUCGGCAUGUCAGGCGCAUUCAUGCAAGAGCACCCGGUGAUUUUUGAGAAUCCGACAGACUUCGACCCCGAGCGCUGGCUGCGAGCCUCCCCAGAGGAGCUCGUAGAGAUGAACAGGUGCAAUGUUCCGUUCGGAAAAGGUUCGAGAGGUUGCAUGGGCAUCAAUCUUGCACAUGCCGAACUCUUCAAUGUUAUCGCGGCGAUCUUCCGACCUGGCUGGCUUGAGAUGGAGCUUUUCGAAACCACGGAGAAGGACGUGAGGAGAAAGCAUGAUUUCAUGGCUGAUCAGCCUGACCUCAACUCUAAGGGAGUCCGAGUAUUGAUCAAAUGA